AUGAUCUACUCAUCUCCAUUACCAGAUCUGGACAUCCCAAAGGUGAGGGGCACUCACAACGUUCAUGGCAAUGUUGCAGGACUAAUGGAGAUCCAGUGCAAUAUCCUCUCCUAUCUCUACCCCAAGAACCAACCGAUCUCUGAAGACCCGGCGUGGUACGAUUCGAGCGACUUCAGCAUCAAUGUGAAUCCGAAACAGAUGCUCCAAUGGAGCAAGAGAGUGAUGAUAGGACUGGACAGGCUUGGUCUACAGAAGGGAGAUGUCUGCAUGGUCCACAGCCCCAAUCACGUCCUCUUCCCAGCAGCCUACUUGGGCAUUGUGGGUGGUGCCCGUUGCUUCAGCGCUGUCAACCCAAUCUACACCGUCGACGAGAUCGUACAUCAAAUGACUCUCACAAACGCCAAAUGCCUCCUUACACACCCUAGCCUGGUCGAGCGAGGUCUAGAAGCGGCCAAGAAGGCUGGGACAAUCACGCCAGAUCGGAUAUUCCAGUUCACGGAUGACGCACAGCCUUGUAAAGAGAAGCACGGAGUGAAGGACUGGCGAUAUUUAUUGGGUAGCGAGGAAGAGGCGGAGACAUAUCAGUGGAGAGAAUUGAGCCCGGAAGAGUCUGUGAACACGGUCGCGACCAUCAACUUUAGCUCAGGGACAACUGGCAUGCCGAAAGGCGUGAAGAUCUCGCAUCAUAGCCUCAUCGCCAACGUUGCGCAGACCGCCAAAAUUCGAUGGCCUAAGAAGGACUUUGCGAAAGGAGACAUCGUGACCGACGAGCGAUGGAUCGGAUUCUUGCCGCUAUAUCAUGCGUACGGACAGAUGUAUGCGAAUCUCAUGGCUGCCAAGUUCAGCAUACCGAUCUACAUCAUGCGACAAUUUGUAUACGAAGACUUUCUCCGCUGUGUGCAGGAUGCGAAGGUCACAGACCUGCAGGUCGCACCGCCCGUUCUGGUCAUGCUCUCGAAGCGGCCCGAGACGGAAAAGUAUGACCUUUCCAGCAUCAGGUCAAUACUUUGUGGAGGCGCGCCCUUGGGCAAGGAAUUGCAGAAUGAGAUCGCUCGGCGAUUCAAUUGUCGGGUCACGCAGGGUUAUGGCAUGACAGAAGUGGUGUGUGCAUCCGCUCUUCAAAGUGAACAAAGAGAUGAUGGCACUGUUGGCCGUCUCGUUCCAAAUACUCAGCUCAGAUUGGUAGAUGACGACGGGAAAGACGUAGGACCGAAUACCCCCGGUGAGAUGCUUAUCAAAGCGCCCAAUGUCAUGCUCGGAUAUUGGAAAAAUGAAGAAGCAACUAAAGAUGCGCUCACAUCCGACGGAUGGCUGAAGACUGGUGAUGUAGCUGUCAUCAACCAAGAGGGCUACGUCUGGAUCGUAGACCGAAAGAAAGAGGCAAGUCUCCGGAAAGCACUCUUUGAAACGAACACUGACAUCUUGUAGCUAAUCAAAGUCAACGCGCUACAAGUCGCGCCGGCAGAGCUCGAAGAUCGAUUACUGGAAAACAAGAGUAUUGCCGAUGCUGCAGCUGCUGGGGUCAAAGUCGACCACGAGGAAUUUCCUCGUGCGUACGUGGUUUUGACAGAAGAGGCUAAGGAGGCCGGCGUCACAGAAAAGCAGAUCCAAGACUGGUUCAAGACGAGAGUGGCAAAGCACAAGGCUCUCGUCGGAGGCGUGAAGUUUGUCGAUGAGAUCGUGAGUGUUGUCAUCUACUAAAUAUCCGAAGUCGUGCUAACUGAAGCACAGCCCAAACUUGCAAGUGGGAAAAUACAACGGAAGGUGCUCAGAGAAUGGACGAAGCGAGACGCAGAUGAAGUCUCGAAAUCUUUGAAUAGAGCGAAGCUAUAG